AUGAGCUCGAUAGAAGCUCUGUACAUCUUCGAUGAGCACAACACGCCCCUCCUCGAGCAGACCUACACCGGCCGUCCACCCUCGGGGAGCACACUUCUCCCGCUCUACCUCGCGCACGCCGCUCCCCGCCCCUCCCUCGUAUACCUCCCGAAUACCAACCCGCCUACGCUCCUCUACUCGAUAAUCCAAGACCAACUCCUCUUUCUCUGCCCCUCCUCGAACGACACCGACCCGCUCCAGAUACUCGAGUUCCUGCAUCGCGUGACCGAUGCUUUGGAAGACUUUCUCGGUGGGCCAUUACUCGCAAGUAAGAUUGAGAGCCACUACGAUGUCGUCGCGCAAUUGCUGGGCGAGAUGGUGGACGGCGGCGUAGUGAGCUGCACGGAGCCGAAUGCGCUGAAAGAUGUUGUGGACGCGCCGAAUUUCAUGAAGACGUUGCUGGGAGGUGUGGGAUUGCCGAGUGCCACGCCGAGCAGUCUGGCACCUUCGAACACGCCGUUUUCGCUGGGAAACAGACCAAGUCCUAGGUUAGGACCCAGUGGGGGCGCGGGAGCUGCGACGAGUAGCCCGGUGCCCUGGCGGCGAGCGAACGUUAGGCACACGAGCAAUGAGAUGUAUGUCGAUAUUGUAGAGACGCUGCAUGUGACGCUAUCACCCUCUGGUAGACCGUUGGCUGCGCUCGCGAACGGGAUGAUUGCGUUCACGGCGAAGAUAUCUGGCGUACCGGACUUGAUGCUUCAACUGGGCUGCCCAGGAGGCAUUGCCAACGCGGUGUCCCUUCCAACCUUUCACCCAUGCGUCAGGCUGAAUAGAUGGAAAGACCGGCCGGGAGAGCUCUCUUUCGUGCCGCCAGACGGGCGUUUUACGCUCGCAGGGUACGAAGUCGACCUCCUGGGAUCAGCAGCCCUGGAUUCCUUCUCCACCACCACGCCCACGAAUGCAGCGCCGAAACUAAACAUCCCGGCUACAGUCUCGGUAUUAACCUCUCUUGGACCCACAGGCUCAGACUUCGAGGUUCGCCUCCAGCUCAAUCCACGCUUCAAAGGCAAAGCGUCCAGUCCGCUCCCCAGCUCCACAUCCUCCUUCGGCGGAAGAGGAGGUCUAGGAAAGGGUCUGGGGUCCACUGCCUUCGGUGGCUCUGCAAGUACAGGCACGACUGCCGCCCCAGCCAUGGACGGCAUGGUAAUCCACAUCCCGCUCCCCACAAGCGUGAAGAACGUGGUAGAGCUGAAAUCUGGACGGGGAUCUGGGGAGGCGGUCUUCCAACCUGCAGAAUCUCGCGUCCGUUGGGCAAUCAAUAGCCGCGAAAUCGCCACCCUCAUGGCUAAUGAUCGUGGCACCGGGGCGGGCGUCUUGACCACUCUACGCGGCACCGUCGUUGGGCACGACAACUAUGACGACGGCGACGCUCCCGACACCUCACUCUCCCUGUCAAGUAAUACAUACGACUACGACGACGACCCCUCCUCUCAUCAAUCCUCCACAUCUGCUGCCCCCACCAAGCCCAGGGACGAAGGCAAUGCGAGCAAGAAGAACAAAGUUCUCAUGCCGAGCUGCGCGACAGUGAGCUUCACAGUCAAAGGGUGGCUGCCGAGCGGGAUCAAAGUGGAGAGUUUGAAUGUGGAUCAGAAGAAAAGCAAGGGAUUGGGGGCGGGCGUGCAGCCGUACAAGGGAGUGAAGUAUCUGUGUGUGUCGAGGAAGGGGGUGGAGACAAGAUGUUAG